AUAUGUAAAUAAAUUAGACAUUUUAUCAAAUCAUUUUAACAUUGUAUAAAGCUCGAAGAUAAUUUGAAUUUCGCGCAAUAUUAAGAAAAAAAAAAAAAAAGUCAUGAUGAAAUUGAAUUAACUGUUCACUAUCUUUUGUUCGAAGCGUGUGUGACUUUAGCGACAGCUAUGGACAAAAUGUGAACUACGAAUAAAAACGAGUAACGCCAUCUUCAUUAUGCGUCUAUGUAUAACCUAGUGUUGAUUAUUUCCUUUUUCGCGCGUACAUAACUAUUGCUUUCGUAUAGGUUAGAAUAAAUGGUGUUAGCAGAGAUUCUAUGAACUUUUAUACUUUUCAUAUGUAUAUCUUUGAUGAUAACAUACGUCUCGCUUUAAUCCAUGCUAGAUACAACGUCGAUAUAGAUUUAUUUCACGAUAAGAGAAAUCAUAAAGAAUAAUAAAUAUAAUUAACAUAUAUAAUAAUUAAUAUAUAAAUGUACGAAUUUAAAGAGAUUAUCUUUGAAUUUAACAAUAUCUUAUCUAUUUAGAAAUAUUAUCGACAAUGUAAAGUAUUAAUGCUCUAGUAUUUAAUCAGAAUUAGAAUUGAAAUGAUUUAUAUAAUACAUUGAAAUAAUCAUUCUUCGUCCUUUAGUAGUUAUGAAUUUUAUUUUAAUGUUGUUUGAAGUUUUAUGCGGAUUUCGCGUUUUUUUUUUUCAUUUUUAAAUGAAUGUACUAUCGUUUAAAUAUUUUCGUAGGGGUAAAAAAAAGAAAAUCAAGAAUAGUGAACAAACUUAAAAUAAUAUUAUUUUAUAUUUCAUAUGGAAAUAGUGUUUCUCUGUUGCACUUGUAAUUCGUAUUAUUUUAACAGAUGUCGCUGAACUGUCACACGCUUCAAGCGAAAGGAAUAUUGACAGUAUAUAUAUAUAUAUAUAUAUAGUACAACAUAUAUGACAUAAUCCCAAGUAAAUAGGAUUGUUUGUGUAAACAUGUUGCUAAGAAACCGUAUAUAUACUCUCGAUGGCUUCAAUGUAUCGUCUUUUUGUAACAUACGAAUAACGCAAUUUUUUCAAAGUGAAAUUUACUUUGUAACAAUAAGUUAUGUUACUUAAAUAUUUAGGAACAAUUGUAUCGUCACACGAAUGUGAAAACAAAGUUGUUAGCAUAGUUUGGUCACCUAAUAAUCAAAAACUUGCUGUUGCUUCUACUGAUCGUUCAAUCUAUUUGUUUGAUGAUAAUGGUGUUAAAAAGGAUAGAUUUUCUACCAAGCCAGUGGAACCAAAGUUUGGUAAAAAGAGUUAUCUCAUUAAGGGUAUAGCAUUUUCUCCAGAUUCGAUAAAAAUAGCUGUAGGUCAAACUGACUGUAUGGUUUAUGUCUAUAAAAUUGGUGAAGAAUGGGGUGAAAAGAAAGUUAUAUGCAAUAAAUUUAAACAAAGUUCAGCAGUCACUUGCUUAACAUGGCCUACAGAAGGGCCCAUUAUAAUUGGUCUUGUGGAUGGCAAGGUCCGUGCUGCAUUUAUAAAAACUCACAAAAUACAAACCCUGUAUACGGCGGAUGCCAUGACAAUUGCAUUGGCUACAAAUAUUCGAGGAACUGGCUUUUUAUCAAGUCAUGCAGAUGGUAGUAUUAUAAAAUAUUAUGUAGCAGAUGAUGGAAAUGUUGAACCCUCAGGCCGUGUUUGUACUCACAAUGUACCAGCAUAUGCUUUAGCCUGGUCUCAAGCUCAUAUUAUGACAGCAGGUUGUGAUAAAAAGAUAACUUUUUACGAAUCACAUGGAAAACUUGUUAAAACUUUUGAUUAUAGUAGAGAGAACGGUGAAAAAGAAAUGACAGUUGCAUGUUGUAGUCCCAGUGGACAAAGUAUUGCCAUAGGUUCAUGGGACAGAAUAAGAAUAUUUGAUUGGAUUCCUCGUCGAGGAAUUUGGGAGGAAGCAAAGAUAAAAGAAUUGCCAAAUUUCUAUACAAUAACAGCAUUGGCGUGGAGAAAGGAUGGUUCAAGAUUAAUUGUUGGUGGUUUGUGCGGUGCUGUAGAACAAUUUGAAACAAUAUUAAGACGUACUCUUGUUAGGGGAAGUCAUGAGGUAGCUUAUGUUGGUCCUAGCCAAGUUAUUGUUCGACCAUUAAACGGUGCUAGUCAACCAGUUGUAAUUAGAUCACGUACGGGAAAUGAGAUAGAAGAUGUAAAGAUCUUAGGCCGCAAGGACAAUAAUAUUGUGGCACGUACAUCAACAACAUUAUUGAUUACUGAUAUUGAACAAAAUCUUAUUAGCGAAAUACCUUGGGAAGAUAGGAGCAAUAAUGAAAAAUUCUUUUUCGAAUAUCCUGGAGUUUGUUUGAUAUUUUGCGCUGGCGAAUUAACAAUUGUUGAAUAUGGUAAAAAUGAAAUACUUGGAUCUGUUAGAACUGAAGCGAUAAAUCCUCAUGUUGUUAGCAUAAGAAUUAAUGAAAGACACGUCCCUGGUAUGGCAGACAAUAAAAGAUUAGCAUAUCUUUUAGAUCCACGAACAGUACGUAUAAUCGAUUUUAUAACGGGCGUUACUAUAAGCAUGAUAACGCAUGAUGUACGAGUAGAUUGGUUGGAAUUAAGCGAAACAGGGCACAGACUUCUAUCACGAGAUAAGAGAGGAAGAUUAUGGUUAAGUGAUGAUCAAGGAGGUAGAAGUUUAUUGCUGACAGGAGUAGGUUUUGUAUCUUGGGUACCUGGAAGUGACGUUGUUGUAGCACAAACAGGUCAAACAUUAGCAGUAUGGUAUAAUGUUGAUGCUCCGGAAGCAGCAACGCUUAUACACGUUCGUGGUGACGCUGUAGAUAUCGUUAGAGAAAAUGAUCAAACAUCGGUGAUUGUCGAAGAGAUGGGUAACAGAGUAUCUUAUUUACUUGAUGAAGGACUGAUUGAAUUUGGUACGGCAUUACAUGAUAAUGAUUUUGGAAGGGUAGUCUUGUUUUUAGAAGAAUUAGGUGAUACUCCACAAGCUGAAGCUAUGUGGGAAAAUGUUGCAAGAAAUGCUAUGGCUGCUAGACAAUUAUCAAUUGCAGCACGAUGUUAUGCUGCUCUUGGUGAUGUAGCUUGUUCGAAAUUUCUUAGAGAAAUUGUCAAUGUUGGAGAAAAAUAUGCAAUGGAGACAGGUAAUGAUUCAUUGACAAGUCCAGAUUGUUGGGCAAUGCUGGCAAUAUUGAAUGGAGAAUUGAAAACUGCAGAGGUCAUUUAUCUAGAACAAAAUGAAUUAGAUAAAGCUUUGGAUAUGUAUCAAAAAUAUUGGAAUUGGGAGGAUGCAUUAAAUUUAGCACAAAAUCGUGGUUGGUCUGGUUUAACGGAGCUAAAAAAUCGUCAUUUAAAGUGGUUACUCGAUAAUGGACAAACAGCCAAAGCAGCAGCUAUAAUAGAAACAGAUAAUCCACAACGCGCAAUGAAACUUUAUUUAGAAUCUCGUAGACCAGGACGUGCAGCUAGAUUAUUAUUGGUUAAUAAUGAAUUAUUAGAGGAUACAACGAUCGUGAAGGAAGUAGUAAGAGCUUUAAAGGCAACUGAUUUGAUGGAAUUAGCGGGAGAAAUUUUAGAAAAGACAUCGGAUGCUACCGACGCAAUUAAAUGUUAUGCCGAAGCUGGUGUAUAUGCAAGAGCAUUAGAGUUGGCUCGUAAAAUCGAUCCAACGUCCGUUGUUAUUUUAGAAAAGGAAUGGGGAAAACAUUUAGCUGCAAAUGGUCAUUACGAUGCCGCAAUAAAUCAUUUUAUCGAAGCAGGUGAAACUGUUCUUGCUUUAAAUGCAGCGAUUGAUGCCCGACAAUGGAGAAAAGCAUUACAAAUAAUGCAAGUUGUCGAAGACGAUGAUCCACAAAUACGUAAGCAAUGUGAAAAGCUUGGAGAAUAUUUUGAAUCAAUAGGAGAUAAAAAUUUAGCCGAAAAGUUAUUUUUACGAGCACAGAAUCCCCGAAGGGCAAUUGAUACUCAUAUACAAUCUGGCAAUUGGAAUCGUGCACAUGAGGUAGCCAUAGAAUAUAUGAAUGCUGAAGAAGCUAAUGAGGUUCUUGCAAAACAUGCAGAGACCUUAGAACAAACUGGUGAUUUACGACAUGCCGAAACACUUUAUGUAGCAAUUGGAGAAUAUGACUCAGCAAUAGCGAUGUAUAGGAAGGCUGGUCAACGUAAUGACAUGAUAAGAUUAGUUGGAAAAUAUAGAUCAGAGUUACUUCAAACUACUCAUGCUCAUUUGGCGCGUGAGUUGGAUGCCGCAGGCAAACCGCGAGAAGCUGAAGAACACUUUUUAGGAGCUAAUGAUUGGCGAGGUGCUGUGGCAUCUUAUAGAUCAGCCAAUAUGUGGGAAGAUGCUUUACGUGUUGCAAAACAAUCUUCCGGAGAAAAGGCUGCACACCAGGUUGCUUUAAUGUGGUCACGUACAUUGGUACCAGAAUUAGGUGCCAGAUUGUUAAUGCGUUUAACAUACUUUGAGUCUUGUCUUCAAAUUGCAUGUGAAGCUGGUAUAUUCGAUUGGGCUUUAGAAAUUGCAAAGUAUGGUACGUCUGAUCAAAAGAAAGAAGUUCAUUAUAAAAAAGCCAUGGCAUUGGAAGACGAAGGAAGAUUUACCGAGGCAGAAAAAGAAUUUAUUCAAGCUGGAAAAGCCAUGGAAGCUGUACAAAUGUAUAUACAUACUCGAGAUUGGGAAGCUGCGGAGGAUGUUGCACAGUCUCAUAUUCCAGAAGCAUUAAAUCAAGUUCUUGUUGCAAGAGCUACUGAAGCAGCUGAAGCACAAGAUUACAGUCUUGCAGAAUCUCUUCUUUUAAGAGCACACAAACCAGAGAUAAUAGUAGAUCAUUAUAAGAAAGCUGGUAUGUGGUCCGAAGCAUUGAGAGUAUGUCGAGAAUAUUUACCGAGUCAAGAAGCUGCACUUCGUCGAGAAUUAGGACAAAAAAGCGCAGGGAUCGAUGGCUUGAAUGCUUUAGAAGAAGCUCAAAAGUGGUUAGAAGUUGGCGAAGUACGUGCUGCUUUAGACAUUCUUAUCCUAGAUCCUCAAGCAUCGAGAGCUUCUUUAAUCCGGGCAGCUGAAAUUGUUCUUCAUCAAGCUGAUCCAGAAAUUGCUAUAGAAAUUGGUGGUAAUUUAGGAUCACGUUUAUUUGAUGCCGAUGAACAUGCUCUAUCUGCUCAGGUCUUUUUACAAGCUGAUAGGAUCAAAGAUGCCAUUAACACUUUAGCUGCUGUAAACGAAUGGGAAAGAGCUCGACGUAUCGUAAGAGAACUCGCUCCAGAGUUGGAAUCAUAUUUGGAAGGGAAGUACAAGGAUGCCAUGAUAAGGGAUGGUGAAAUAGAAAAACUAGUAGAAGUUGAUGCCGGUGCUGCUUUAGAAAUGCUCGCACAAAAAGGUCAAUGGGAUCAAGUGUUCGAAGCGGCCAGUAUGCAAAGUCCAGAAUUAUUACACAAAUAUGUCGCACAACGUGCUGCCCAAUUAUUAAAGUCACAUUCACCAGUACAUGCUCUUAGACUUUAUAUGCAAUAUGGCGCAUUACCAAUUCCACAAUAUUUUAAUCUUUAUCUUCAAUUAUCCGAAACCGUUCUAAAUUCCGACGAGACAUAUAACGAGUACAAAUAUUUAUCACAAUUACGGAGCAUCCUAUUCGAAUUAUGUAAAAAUUUGGAAUCAUCCUCGGCGAGCGGUGCGAAAUUUCGUAAAUUUCUAGAGGCAUCUCAUUAUUCCGCAGUCAGAUGCGGAUGUCGAUCGUUCACAGGAUUAUCAGGAAUAGUAACUAAAACUUCGAUUACUCUUAUACGUUAUUCCGACAUUUUGUUACCAGAUCGUUGCUACUACGAUGCCGGUAUGGAUGCACGAUCCAAUGGCUUAACUAGCGAAGCAUUUAUAUUUUUAAAUCAUUUUUUGGAUCUCGAAGAAUGCAUAGAAGAAGGGGAUAGCAAUAUUCUCGAUGUUGAUGAUCUUAGAGUAACAGAUUUUCCAUUGCAAGUACCUUUACCGGCUAAUCUUAGCAUGACGAAGGAGCAACGAGAAGAAGCUAGAGAAUGGGUAUUAGCAAUUUCUAUGGAUCAAAAAGUAGAACAAGGCUUGCCGAUCGAUCAACGUGGAAUUUAUGUCGGUUCGUUAACAAGUUCUAUGAGCAAUUCAAUACCAUUACAAGAAUGUACGCUAACAGGAUAUCCGAUUCGUGGUCCAGUAAUUAGAUUUGAAGAAAAUAAUCGUGUAACUGAUCGCGACGAUUGGACUAAAUUAGUUAACAUUGCCCGACAAACAUCGCCUGAUUCUCCGUUAAACGAUAUUAUAUUAUUUAUACAAGAUUGGUGCGGUACCGUUCCAACUUAUACGUUUUGAAAAAAAAAAAAAAAAAAAAAGAAAAAAAAAGAAAAAUAAAAAAAUAAAAAAAAAGGAAAGAAAAUAAUAUAUUUUUUAUUAUAGAUGUGUUAUACUAAUAAAUAUCUUCGUGUAAUAUGGAUUCUACAAAAUGUGUUAUAAUUUGAUACGUGCAUUGUAAUAUAAAAUUUUGUUCAGCAUAUCGAACAUAACCUAAAUAAAAUGAAAUUUAAUCGAUGA